AUGGACAACUACGACAACAUUCGGUGGUUUGAAAAGAUGCAGGUUACCAAGGAGAACGCCAAGCAAGUCCCGCCACACAAUAUCCGAUUCGUCUGGUAUGAGUGGCCCUGCGUUACGAAGACCGAGACUCUGGAGAAUUCCGCAUGGCAGGCAACACUCUACGUCUCAAGCUCAAACCCUCUCAGGACACUGCGUGAUGGCUUCCACAUCUCACCUGCAGACGAAGUCAGAGACACCGGUUGCAUUACGCCGUACAUUUGCCCCGAGAAGAGAGGAAGUCAGCACUGGAAGCACUCCCGUCGAUACAUCUUUCUCGAGUGCACGGAGGCUUGA